CUUAACCAACAAUUUCUAUUUGUUAUAUCAAAUCACAGAUUGAGCUAGGGUUCUUAAUUGUUGCAAAGAUGGCAAAAUCAAUGAAACUGGCAGGCCUAAAAUCCGUUGAAAACGCCCACGACGAGUCGGUUUGGACGGCCACUUGGGUUCCCGCCACGGGCAGCCGCCCGCCGCUCCUUUUAACAGGCUCCCUCGACGAAACCGUUAAGGUGUGGAGGCCUGACGAGCUCGACCUCGUGCGCACCAACACUGGCCACUGCCUCGGCGUCGUUUCGGUGGCCGCUCAUCCUUCCGGCGUGAUCGCCGCAUCCGCCGCGCUCGACAGCUUUGUUCGCGUGUUCGACGUUGACACCAACGCUACCAUCGCCACUCUCGAAUCUCCUCCGUCUGAGGUCUGGCAAAUGCAAUUCGAUCCCAAGGGUACAACACUUGCGGUUGCCGGAGGGGGUAGUGCAUCGAUCAAGUUGUGGGACACUGCGACGUGGAGGUUGGUUGCAACUUUAUCAAUUCCUCGUCCUGAAGGAUCCAAGCCUUCCGAAAAAAGCGGCAGCAAGAAGUUCGUCCUAUCUGUCGCAUGGAGUCCCGAUGGAAGGCGACUUGCUUGUGGCUCGAUGGACGGUACAAUUUCGGUUUUUGAUGUAGCUCGUGCCAAAUUUCUACGUCACCUUGAAGGCCAUUACAUGCCUGUAAGGUCUCUUGUGUUUUCUCCUGAACAUGAUUCACGGAAGCUAUAUUCGGCCUCAGACGACGGUCAUGUGCAUAUCCAUGAUGUUGAAGGGAAAGCUAUAAUCGGGGCCAUGUCCGGUCAUACUGGUUGGGUUUUAAGCGUAGAUGUAAGUCCCGAUGGGGAGGCUAUUGCAACUGGCUCGAGUGACAAAACUGUUAGACUAUGGGAUUUUAAGAUGAGAGCAGCUAUACAAGUAAUGAGCAAUCACACAGACCAGGUAUGGGCAGUGGCAUUUCGACCUGGUGGGCGAGGAGAUCGCCUUGCUAGUGUGUCUGAUGACAAGAGCAUAUCGUUGUAUCAUUGUUCUUGAGUGUUUCGCCGCUGGUUGAAAUAAAAAACCAGUAAGGAUAUGUUUGCAUGACAAGAUGUUUACAUUUUUGGUUAUGGCUAUUGAUCCAAUGAAUAUGAGACUUGGCUUUA